AUGCCAGGAAGGCCUACUAUGAAAAGGAAAAGGAAUGUCUCAGAGAGGGAUGACAAGUUCUCUCAAGUGUCCUCAAAUGGCGGAACUAUCCAAUGUCAAAACUGUCAACAAAAGGGGCACAACAAGAAAACCUGUAAAAAUCCACAUGUUGAACCAGAUCCUAAACCCAAUAAGAAAAUAGGCAGGCCAAGAUUGGACCCUAGUCUAACCCAAUGGACAAGACGUGGUAGAUGGGGUAGAAGGGGAAAUAGAGGAGGUGGUAGGGUACCCAGAGGUGGGGGUGGCUUUCAUAGCUGGUUUGAAAGAAGUGAAACCUUAAAUACAGUACCAUCCCAAAAAAGGGUCAAUGAAGAAUACAAUUCUGAAGAAAUGGUGGAUGUAGAUGUGAUGAGUGAUGCAGAUGGGCUGGAUAUGGCAGAUAUGGACUACAUUACACAACAAAUUAAAGAGUUGAGGAAAUCAGGUUACACUGAUGUAGACAUUAUUAGAUGCCUUGGAAUUACAAAAGCUCAUUUAGAAGAUUUUGGAUAUGUGGUAAGGCUGCCAAUGUUGAAGGUGGACUGGAAGGAGGUGGACAGGGUAAUGAAGAAGAAGAAGGACAUGGACAAGGAGAUGAAGUGGAAGGAGGUGGAUAUGGACAAGGAAAUGAAGAAGAAGAAGAAGGAUAUGGGCAAGGAGAUAAAGUGGAAGGACGUGGAGAUGGACAAGAAUGAGAAGGAGAUGGAGAAGGAGAUGAAGGAGACGGAGAAGAAGAAGAUGGUGGAGAUGGACAAGAAGAAGAUGAAGGAGAUGGAGAAGGGGAUGAAGUGGAAGGAGUUGAAGCAGAAGAUGUUCAAGGACAUGAUGAAGGUGGAGAAGGAGUUGAAGUGGAAGCUGAAGAUGUUCAAGGAAAUGAAGAAGGUGUUCCAGUACAACAAGGGCAUUUUGGGAAUAAUAUGCAACAAAGAACAAGGAGACCCUCAGAGAGGAUCAUUCUUUAGAAGCUGAAAAAGAAGUUGGUUGACCCUCUUGGUAUAGGAAUGUGUGAAGAUAAGGCAUUAGUUAUAGAUUAAGGAUAGGGGUUAUCAUCUUUUGGUUCAUAUUUUGUAAACCAUCUUUUGGUUCAUAUUUUGCAUACCAUCUUUUGGUUCGUAUUUUGUAAAUGGUGGUACAUAUCCACUUAUAUUGGUUCAUAUUUUGUAAA